AUGAAGUCUGCUAUUCUUGCUACCGUUGGCCUUUUGGCUGUUGCCCACGCCAACCCCGUUGUUGUCAAGCGCAACGUCCUCAAGUCUGCUCUCCCUGAGAACGCUGAUGAUACCGAGAAGAAGUUCCAGCCCCUCGUCGACUUUGACAAGGACGGUUGCUACAACACGGCUGCCAUUGACCCUGAUGGCAACGUCAACGAGGGCCACAAGGCCACCGGCACCCCCCAGGGCGAUUGCCGCGAUCCUCACCAGCUCGAAAACUCCAACACGUACUCGCGCAAGCGGUGUAACAACGGCUACUGCGCCGUGAUGUACGAGUACUACUUUGAGAAGGACCAGUCCGUUGGCGGCUCUUUCGCUGGUGGCCACAGACACGACUGGGAGAACGUUGUUGUCUUCUCCAAGGGCGACAAUAUCGUCCGUGUUGCCCCCUCUUGCCACGGCCACUACAAGAAGGCCACCAACAGCCCCCUCAAGGACGGCACCCACCCCCAGGUUGUCUACCACAAGGACGGCCCUGCUACCCACUGCUUCCGCAUUGCCAACGACGGCGAUGUCAAGGAGCCUGAGAACUACAGCGGCCACUUCUACCGCUCUCCUCUUGUCGGUUGGGGCGGCUACCCUUCGGAUAAGAUCAAGAACAAGAUGCUCAGCAACUGGAGUGGCGGUGUUGGCCCCAAGCUUGACGACGAGUUUGAGGGCGCUCUCCGUGAUGCUGCCGGUGACGGUGUUCCUGGCUUCGAUCCUUCCAAGGAUGAGUAA